AUGAAAAAGGAAAAGUGGUUUAAACCUAUGUUUGAAUUUGAUGACGAUGUUCCAAAGCAAAAAUCGAGUAAAGGCGAAGAAACCUUCGUUAAUACCAAUUCUAAAGCUAACCAGGUAUUAGACUCUACAUCUAAAACAUGUAGCAUUGUGAUUAAAGACCACAAAAAUUGGAUUAAGAGCUUUGAACCAGUAACUGUGGAAGACUUAGCUGUGAACAGCAAAAAAAUACAAGAAGUUGAUGAGUGGAUAAAAUCUGUUUGUAACAAGAACAAUGGUGAUAUGUUACUAUUGACUGGACCAGUUGGCUGCGGGAAGACUAUUACAAUAAAAGUACUUGCUGCCAAACACAAAGUUAGAGUUACUGAAUGGAUAACUCCCCUUGAUAUAGAUAUACCAUCAGAGAAUGGAGAAUAUGAAUAUAAACAGAAGCAGUCAUUAAAGUUUUUGGAUUUCAUCCUGAAUGCUGCAAACUUUACAUCUCUUUUAGAUGACAACAAUAGAAAAUUAGUGUUAGUUGAAGACUUUCCUAAUACAUUCAUAAGGACACCCUCAGAAUUUACAGAUGUAUUACAUCAAUAUAAAUUUAGAGCAAAAUCGCCUAUUAUUUUUAUAUGUUCAGAAUCACAUAUGGAUGGUAAAAAUACUUCUGCUAAUCUUUUCACACCAGGUCUGAAGGAGCAAUUCAGUAUACAACACAUUAUGUUCAACAGUGUUGCACCCACAAAUUUAAAAUCUGCACUAAAACGAGUGGCAGCAAUUAUAAAUCAAAAGCACAAAUUAAUAUAUAACACUCCUACAACGGAUGUCGUAGAUUGUGUUGUCAAUUCUUCAGUAGGAGAUGUCAGAUCAGCAGUGUUGAAUUUACAUUUUGCAUGUCUGAAAGGAGGCUCGAAACAGAAUAUGGAUACAAGUAUAGUACUAGAAAAAGAAACUAAGGGUAAAGGUAAUAAGAAGAAAAAACAGUCUUCUAGUAAAUUUAUGGCAUUGGGAAAAGAUCAAACAGUUAGUAUUUUACAUGGAGUUGGCAGAGUAUUAAAUCCUAAAGUUAUAGAUGCAGAAAAUGGAAAAAAAAAAUUUACUCACAGUCCAGAAGACAUAAUUGAACAAUUUAUAAGCCAACCAUCUUCUUUUAUUAACUUUCUUGAAGAAAACUACUUACCCCAUUUUGCCUGCAUUGAUCAUGUUGAAAACGCAACCUCGGCUUUAAGUGACGCUGACUUCAUGUUAGCAGAAUGGAGGGAGAAAUCAUGUCAGGAACAUGGUUUGUAUAUUGCAGUGGCAGGCUUAAUGCUUGCAAAUAAAAGUCCAGUUUCAGCCUGGAAUCCAGUAAGAGGUCCUAAAAACAUGAGGAUACAAUAUCCGUCGGUACGAGAAUUACAAUUGGAAGAAAACAAUUUAUAUAAGGGGAAAGUUUUAGUUGUUGAUUACCAGACAUAUUGCAAAAUUAUUGGAAAAGAAAGUGGGACCUAA